GUUCGUAUCUUUAACGCCAUCUACAUUUUCAAGUUUCACGUGUUUUUCCAAUUUUCCCCAGAUUUUUCAGCUUUACCCCUUAAUUUUGAAUGUUUUGAUUGGUCCUUGUUACUGAUAAACCCGCUGAGAAUUCAUGGCACAUGUGAAAUUAAAAAAAUUGGAGAGUAUACUGCAAGAAGUGGAAACGUUCAAUAAUCCAAAGGUUCAAUUAGAACAAUAUCCCACAACACCUCAUCUAUCAGCUUCCGUACUUCAUACAAUUGAGAGUCGUUGGAACGACAUUAACGAAAAAACAAUAGUUGAUUUAGGGUGUGGUUGCGGCGUUCUCUCAAUUGGUGCUGUUGUUCUAGGGUGCAAUUAUUGUUUAAGUAUUGAUAUUGAUUCUGACGCCUUAGAAGUGUGUGAUACGAAUAUUAAAGAUAUGGAAAUUGAUAAUGUUGAUCUCUUACAAAUGGAUGUUUUAAAAGUAAUUGAUAACGAAAAAUUUCACAAAAAGUUCGACACGGUCAUUACAAAUCCACCAUUUGGAACAAAAAAUAACUCUGGUAUUGAUAUGGAUUUCCUUAAGGCUGCUAUGUGGAUGAGUAAUUCAGCCAUCUAUUCCUUUCAUAAAACAAGCACUAGAAAGUAUAUUUUAUCAAAAAUGGGUGAAUGGGGAUACUCUUCCGAAGUAAUUGCUCAAUUGAGAUUCAAUAUUCCUCAGACUUAUAAGUUUCAUAAGCAGAAGUCAGUUGAUAUUGAAGUCGAUGUGUUCAGAUUUACACCCAAUCCUUCUUGACAGCUUUAGGAAUAGUUCUAGUGGGCGUAAUAUGAAUAAAUAAGCUUAUUUAUACGCAUAAAUGUCGACAUAUGCUCUUAUGUAUCCGUAUAUAGUGCAUAUACUUCAUACUUGAAAUAUAUCUGUACAGUAUUCCAAAUAUCUAAAUAUUUAUAAUGUAGAUUUGUGUAUAGUUUUACGGAUUUAUUUUUGUUAAGUGAAACAUUUGUUAAUUUCGGGCGUGUACAAUAUAAAGGGAGGGACUUAAAGUUAAGACCAUUGUGUCAUAUUGUGUAUAUUAUAUGUGUAAGGAAAUAUGCUACGGCUAUUAUAACGUUUCGGUUCAAAGAACGCGCCAGUUAACUUCGUAUAAUUUAAAAUGGUAAUUGAACAAUUAUUAUUUACACUUGAGAAGUUUAAAAAAUCAAAAAAUUAUAAAAAUAUGUUUAUACGAAAACAACUAUGAAAAUGACACCUACUUUCCGGUUUAUAGUAGUACCCGACUACUUUCUGGUGGCAGACUUACAUUGACGCCGGAUAUUUUUUCGAUUAUACCAAGUUUUUAAAACAUCAUGUGAUCAUAAGCCAUUGGAUAUCUAAGGAUUUUAAAUUUAUUUUAUUUACAUUUCUUAACGAAUACUCAGCAAUCUGUGAUAGGUUUUUAAAGCAUUGUCCAAUUUCAAGCUCAAACGUAAAUAAAGCUUUUUACAAUAUAAAGACUGGGCUGGCGGAUCGAUAUGUUUCAUUAAUCAAAGAUUUAAAGAAAGUCAUGGAAGAAAAUGGAAUUAGCGAAAAGUUUUUACAAGCUCUCCGCAAACCGUGCGAUCGAAGGACAAAAGAGGUAACAAUAUAAAAUUUCGAGUAAAAUUUUGCAAAGAUAUUACUAAUGAUGCAAAACUAUUAUGUUAAUCAUAGUAUAAAAGAGAGUUUAUCCAAUAGUUUGAAAAGUAAAUUAAAUGACUAAUUCCUUAAUUCUGUUAUGCUAAUAAGUAAAAUCAAUGCAAGUCAAUCAAGAGUGGCGUGUAAUGUUGCUUAUAGAUAAGAAGUUAAUAAACAUAUCAGCUGUUGCUUUUUAUUUAACUUAACGUCGAUCUUAUUGUUUGCGUAUAAUAAAUGUUUAUAUAAGGU